UUAGUCUAGUCACAUUGUGUUGGAUCUAUUAGUUCAACUCAUUCAGGUGAUCGAGCUCGAGCAAGUGAGUAGUGAGGGAGGUGCAGUCUCUACGACUCUUCUUCGUUGGGUCCGUCAUCCUCCAAUCACGCCGGACAUUUUCGAUUACUUCUCUCUCUGACUCAUUCGCACCAUGCGCUUGCUUCUUCUCUCCCUUCGCCGUGUAACUCUGUUCUCGAGGCAUCGACGAUAUUACACCGUUGCUCCAAUUCAAAAUUGUUUGAUCUCAAUCAAUCCCAGCUCGCCUUCUUCAUCCCUUGUUUUCUCGGCUUCUUCUUUCUCUACUUUUUCAAGUCCCGAUGGAGAUGGGAAGAUUGCAGGGCCUCUAGUAGAGUAUGAACGCAGAAUCGUAGCUGGAGAGCUAUUGGAUGGAGAUUUAUGUCAGCUAGGUACCUUAAGAGAACUUCAGAGACUCUACGACGAGCUUGUUCAAUCCGCUGAUGCUUGUCGAUUAGAUCGUUAUUCUGCAUCGGCAAAACCCACCAAGAGUAAUUGGUUCUGGAAAAAGUUUGUGUCUCACUCUUCUGUUUCACCUGUCAAAGGCUUAUACUUAUAUGGAGGUGUGGGAACUGGGAAAACAAUGCUCAUGGACUUGUUUUUUCAUCAAUUGCCAGCUAGUUGGAGAGCGCAAAGGAUUCACUUUCACAAUUUCAUGUUGAGUGUUCAUAGCCGCUUGCAAAAGCACAAGGGUCUUGAAGAUCCACUUGAAGUCGUUGGCCUUGAAAUAGCCGACGAGGCUAUACUUCUAUGCUUAGAUGAGUUCAUGGUCAAUGAUGUAGCUGAUGCUCUGAUACUAAACCGUCUCUUUAGGCACUUGUUUAGCAAUGGCAUUGUUCUUGUUGCUACAUCAAACCGUGCUCCAGAUAAUCUCUAUGAAGGGGGUUUACAGAGGGACCUAUUCCUUCCGUUUAUUUCUACAUUAAAGGAAAGAUGUGUAGUUCGUGAAAUUGGUUCAUCGGUGGACUAUCGGAAACUGACCUCUGCUGAAGAGGGAUUUUACUUUAUUGGAAAGGAUAUUUCUGGUCUUCUUAAACAGAAGUUUCAGCUGUUGGUUGGCGAUCAAUCGGCAGGUCCUCAGGUGGUUGAAGUAGUAAUGGGGAGGAAAUUGGAGGUUCCGCUGGCUGCUGAUGGAUGUUCAUACUUUCUUUUUGAAGAGCUGUGUGAUAGACCCCUAGGCGCAGCUGAUUAUCUCGGAUUAUUCAAGAAGUUUCAUACUUUGGCUCUGGAAGGUGUACCCAUUUUCGGGCUCCACAAUAGGACCGCAGCUUACCGCUUUGUGACACUGGUUGAUGUGAUGUAUGAGACCAAGGCCAGGCUGCUGUGCACAGCAGAGGGUAGCCCUCUAGAACUGCUGGAGAGAAUAGUGACAAUCUCUGAUGCACAGCAAAUAGCACCUAGAACCUCUUCAAGAUCAAGGAAGAGUGAUGAUCCCGACCUUUGCGUGGACAAUGAACUUGGUUUUGCUAAAGACCGCACCAUUAGCAGAUUAACGGAGAUGAACAGCAAAGAGUACCUGGAACAACAUUCAAGAAUGUCGGAUGAGCAGCCUUCUUCUUAGUAUUGUUACAAUGUUGGUAGAGACGCUGUCAAACCUGUUGGAACCAUUUGUUUACCGAAGGUCUCCUAAUGUAUUUAUUUUGUGUUUGCGCACGGACCCAUCUUUUUCUUGCAAGUUGAUAAUGUGUUUCAUCUAGUGAAGUAUUUACAAAAUCUAA